GUGAGUCAAUAGCGACGUUUCUCUCAUUUGCAGGACACCUUUCGCAAUCCGAGAGAAUGUCCUGUUUGCAAACAGGAAUUCAAUGGGGAAGAUCGUCGACCACGAAAUCUCCAGUGCUCACAUCAUCUCUGCACCUCUUGCAUUGACACAAUGCUCCGCAGUGGUGCCUCGUUUUGUCCCAUUUGCCGCGAAUAUGUCAGCGGCAUCUCAGCUAAGCAUUUCAAAAUUAACUAUGGCGUGGAGGAUUUCAUGAGGUUCCAGGAUUCGGCAGACAGAGGCAAGGGAUCCCAUCCCAUGUCAAAGAGGAUGGCACGAAUGAUGAAGGAAUACAUAGAUGCCACAGAGCAACUGGUGAAGGACUGUGAGGUCAGGGAAGGUCAGCUGAAAGACAGACUGAACAAGAUAACUCCGUUGGAGGAAGACUUGAACGCUGCCAUCGAGACUGUGGAGUGCGAAUUAAGGGCCAAACUCCAGGUGCUCGUCCACCUAAACACAAUGGCCAUCCAAGAGCUGGGGAGGGAGAGUAAUAGAAUUCGCAGCCAAAUUUUGGAAUCGGAAAAUAAACGGAAGGAAUUACAGGUUGUGUCUGAAGAACUUGAACAAGCAAAAACUUCAGGAGACGCUGCAAAUUCUCUUGGGAUGGCCGACGUGUGUCAUCAUGAGAUCGAGGAAUGGAUGGUCAAUCAUGAUUUGCCUCCAGAAAAUAAGGAUGCAUUGAAAAAUGCAGAAAAGGUCUGCAAAUCGACGAAAGACAAAGUUAACCUGAUUCUCGAAAUCAUAAACUCUGAAGAAAUAAAUGGCAACUUAGUCUUCCGGAGUUCUACAUUCUGCAGAAAGAUAAACUUGCCUGAAGUGAUCACGGGUGACAUCGUGCUGCAGAUGGGAGAGGAUAUAAGACUCUUAGCAGAACAAGAGCUGCUCUUUGCUGUUCAGCGUGGACGAGGUCAGGUUUCCUGCGCCAAGAUUUCUUAUCGGGGGAAUCACCUCUACUUGCAUUGCCUCUUAAACAAACUUCCUCCUCAGAAUGCCCGCACCAUCGGGUAUAAAGAGCUGAUGUCCCUGAAAGAAAAAUCGAUGCUGUCUUUUCUCGAGAUCGGAUCCAAGGAAAAGGUCUUGGGAAGAGUUUCACAUUAGGCUUCUACCAGACAAUCCCAGAGCAAAGAACUUCGCUCUGUUGUGCUCAGGGAUGAAGGAAGUUUCCUACAUUAAUUCCAAACUGCUCGAGACCUGGGGCAAGGGUCAAAACAGGGAGCACAUCAGGGGAGGAGAUUACGCGA